AUGAUUAAUUUACAAGCGAUUGUAAGUUUGGAUGUAGGGGAUAAAAUAGAAUAGAUUUUUAUUUAUGAGGGGGAUGACAUUGAACUAUUGACUUAAUUUUUUUGUGAUAGACAUCAAAUUAAAUAAGAAGGAAAAUAAUUUAUAAUUGCAGAAAUUAAAAGAUAGCUAAAAGUGCCAGUAAAAACUCGUCAUACUUCUAUUCUGUCGUUGAAUACUUAGCAACUCGUGUAAAAAUUAUAUAGGAAUAAAACAGAGAUGGAUGUUUUUGAGUAGUUAUAUGCAGAUGCCAGCAACUAGUAAAAAAGAUUGAAUACAGCUUUACAGGAAUAAGAUCAAGAAUACAAACGAAUGAAUUACGCAAUCCCAAGAAUCAAUAGCAUAUCUCGUUUAAUCGUUAAAAAGAGAGGUAAUUCUGCAUAACCUAUCCAUACGAAAUUAUAUUAAGAUGCUAAAUUGCUGGAUGCGAAAAAGCAAAUCUUAAGAUAAAGAGUUAUGAGUUAAAUUUAUCCGUUUCAUCCAAAUAAUGGAAUGACUCAUGCCAAAAAACCUUCAUUUUAAGAACAAAUCCUACAUGCAGAAAAACUUAUUUAAGAAAAAACAGAUCAGAAUUUGAAGUUGCAAUAAAGAAGAUUGGAAUAAGAGUCAGCUUAAAAUGAUAAAGUUACAAACUAAUCAUAUUUCAAACCUCUGAUUCGAAAAGAUCAAACAUUCAAGUUAGUUAAAAAGAAGGUAGAUAAGCAAGAUCAGAUACUAGCAAAUUUAAUUGGCAACAAAAUGAUAAAAUUAAAUAACAAAAAUACUAAAUCUAAUAUUAAGGAAAGUGAAGUUACAAACAAUAUAAAUUUUGUUGAAAAGCUAUUUAAAUAAUUAGAUUCUGAUCGAGAUGGUUUCAUAUCGAUUUCAUAUAUCAACUUAAAUAUAAAUGAAAAAGUGUUAAAAAAAAUACAUCCAAUUUUGAAUUAUAUUGAGGAGAACAAUUUAGAAAUUAAUCUUGAUUACUUUUUCUAACUAUUAAAAUUAUUUCAUAUUAAAUUGGAUUGA